AUGGCCGCGCUGCUGGCGCAAGCCGCGCAGGCGAGCGCUGAGUGCUGCCUGCCGAGCUCCACGGGCCGGUGUGGUGACGACACCCCGGGCACUAUCUGUUGCGGCUACACGGCGUGCGCGUUCCUCUGUUGCAACUGUGGUGCGGGCGGGUGUCGAUCUCACGAGCCGCCUGAGUCCUGCUCUUCAGACUUGGGGUCCCUCAUGGUGCGCUGCCGCACACGUCGCAGGUAUGACCUCAAGACGGUUGGCGACCUCAAGGAUUUCGCAGACACCAACUGCACCUCCUUCAACGCGCCCCUGGAUGUCCCCAGCACCGGCCUAGACCACUGGAUCACUUUUGCGGAGGCUGUGGACAUCACAGGCGGGGAAGCUCCACAUGUAGAUGUCCGCAUUGCCCAUUCUAACUACAUAGGCCACUACACUAGCUGUUGUGACUGCCACAUGUUUGCAUCUUUCGCUGCAUGCAAUCGCUGUGGGCUCGUUGAGAAGGGGAGCGCGUUCUCCGCGGCCACCGGCACUUGCCCGCACCGAUGGCAGGGGUGCGCCGGCAAGAUGGUGUUUGCUGCGAGAGUCGUCCCCCUUCUUUCCUCCCAAUCGGAAGCGCAAAAGUGGGAGCAGCGGGUAGGGCAGAGCUGCUACUGUGACAGCAUCCGAUACAUGCAGUGCGACAGGUGUGGGAUGCUGCGCAAGGAGCGAGGGUGGGGCUCGGCAGCUGAGCAGUGCGACCACCAUGACACACAAGGCUGCCCAGGAAAGAUGCAGCUUGCCGCUGGAGGGAAGGCUACUUUUGCUCCUUUGCAGGAAUGGGAGCAUCGACUGCGCCAGCCCUGUAACUGCAUGAGUCCGGCAGUUUCUCUGCGAUUGUCCACGGUGGGUGGCCAGACUUUAGAAGUUGGGGUGAGAGAUGACUGGACCAUGGGUCAGGUGAAGGUGAAGAUGCAGCAAGGCGACCCCCACAUCCAGGCCGCGCAAGCAUCCUUCAGCUUUGAUGGCGGCGUUCUUCCAGAUGCUUUCUCGGUAAGGCUUCUGCGUUUGCAUGAAGAUUCCCCGCCCAUUUCUGUGAUACUUCGUCGGCCAGAGGAUGUGCAGUUGCUGAGACGGGUGCGCGAGGACUGGCAGGCAAUCUUCUCCGUGCCGGCUGAGGCUUGCAGGUCAGCGGAAGUGAUGUUCGAGGUGAUGAGCCAAGCCCGUCACGCUGUCCAAUACGCCCAUGUCGAGCUGCUGCAUGAUUCACAGUUUCUCAAGCGGGCCUGUGAGAUGAGAGGCCAUGAUCGUGCAGAUCCGCACAGGCAGCAAUGGCUGCAAGACAUAGCCGAUGUCAUGCUGCUUCUGUGCUACGCGGCGGCCGCGGGCGACAAGCAUCUGGAAGAAGCCGCAAUGCAAUGCCCCGCUCUUCGCGAUGCCAGUCCAUUGGACUGCUGUGAUCUGGUGGUCCUGAUGGUUUCGAAGGUGAGCUUGCCAGAACCUCUGAAGCUCAGCUUGCUGCGCCUCUUGCGCAGCGGCAUUCCUGCAGCGUGCUUGGCAGAGGGCAUGAAUGAAGUUGCACUGUCAGACUGCCAGGGCGAGCUAGCAGUGAGUCUGCUAGAAGCUCAUCAAGCCCCGCCGAAGCAUUCUCGGGCGGGGCGCGGGAGGCUGUUCGACAUGCCCGCAAGCUUGGGGUGUCAUGGAUUUGCCUGGCAGGUGAUCUCGCGGCACCAGGAGGCAAUACCAAGAUGCUCCUUUCGGCGAUUGCUUCCUUUUGUGCGGUUGGAUUUUCUGAGCUUGGAGGAUGCCGUGAUGCUGACACCACUGUGCCUGCGACACCAGCAGCCCGAAACUGCACGGGAGGUUUUUUUGAUUGUCCAAGCAAGAAACUUGGAAGAAGGUGUCCAGCUCAUGUGUGCAACAGAACUUCCACUGACAAGCCUUCAAGAUUUAGACUCUGAUCGGCGAGCACAAAUUCUGGAGGAGGUGAUGCUGGACUCGGUCAAGGAUGCCCCCCAUCUGCUGUCGUGCAUACAGAAGGAUUUCCGUCAAAUGUGGCAGCUGUUACUGUGGGCAGGAGCUCACAAGUGCUUGGGCGUUGCAACCUCCCAGCACCUCCACUCUGUUCUUCAUCUUGUUUUGACAGAGAGAAGGGACAGUGAGCAUGCUGUCCGAGUCGGCAGGCACUUGAUGUGCAUGUUUGCUGCCUGCAAUGUCCUGCGCGACAGUGCAGCUGAGCAUUUGCCGCUGGAAUGGCUGGAGGACUUGGGUAUUCUUGAUAAUGAUGAUGACUCGACCAGCAGGCAUGUGGCUCAUGUGGUGGCACAGGCCCUUCUAGCUCAGUUGGAACGCUAUUCGGACGAUCUGCUGGUGGAGGAUAUGCCUCAGUUUUGGUGGCUUGGUGUCUGGGGACGCGAGAGCGAUACCAACUGCGAGCGGGCGGUAUGUUUGUUGGCAAGAUGGUGCUCUUGUGCAGGGCAGGGGCAACAUGAAACGCGUUUUGCAUGCUCUGUUUUGAGCUGGCUGCCGCUAACCCGGCUGCCCAACCCUUCUGUCCUCUACGACUUCCCGGCUUUACCAGCUCAAGCGAUAGGAAUCCGUGCAGAGCAGCUGGCCUGUAAAGCCUCCCAGGAUGCGAGCCGCGCCCAUGAAGCUGCGCGGACAGCUCGGCAGAAAGCAAGCGAGGCUCUUCGGGAGGCGCGAUGCGCGCAGCGCGCCGCUGACACAGCGCACACGUUGGCGCAGCAAGCGCUGAGGGAGGCAGGGCGUGCGGCGGACCUCGCCAAUGACGCGCUCCGAGCUUCAAACUGCCAGUGCCAGCGUCCCGUGAGUGAGGAUUACGACUAUUCUGACUACGAUGAGCGCCAGCAGCAGGAGGAUGAUUACGACUAUGAUGACUAUGAUGACUAUGAUGACCGCCGUGAUGACGAUGAAUACUACUAUAGGAUGUACUAG